AUGAAGGUGUUUAUCAUUGCCGCCGUCGUCGCCGUGGUGGCGGCCGACAGCCCGCCGCCUUCGCGGUACCCGGCCCCGGCCCCCUCCUACCCGACCCCGGCCCCCAAGUACGCCCCCUACAAGCCCGUGGAGGAGUACCCGCCGGUGCCGCCCAAGUACGCGUAUGGGUACGAGGUCCAGGACAAGUACACCGGCGCCGACUUCGGCCAGGAGGAGGCGCGUGAUGGCUACCUGACCCAGGGCAGCUACCGCGUGGCCCUGCCCGACGGCCGCAUCCAGACCGUCACCUACAAGUCGGAGGGCGACGCCGGCUUUGUGGCCGACGUGCAGUACGAGGGAGAGGCCCAGUACCCCAAGUACGAGCCUAAGUAUCCGGCACCGCAGUACGGCGCGUACCCCGCGCCUGCCCCCAAGUACCCGGCGCCCGCGCCCGCCCCCAAGUACCCGGCGCCCAAGCCCGCCCCUAAGUACCCGUCCAACUAAGCUGGCCGCGGUGUCGGCGUGGUGCGGCGCGUGGGUGGCGUGCGUGCGCUGGCGGGCGGCUUCGGAGCGAGGCAGGCCCGUCCCGCCCGCCGGGACUCGGGUGAAAGGUGUGCGACUGUCGUCCGACCACCGUUUGUGAUCAGUUCCCUGUUGAUAUUUAUCGCGUGCUUUGUAAAUAAAGUCAUGCU